AUGGGGAGGAGAGGAGAGAGCACAGCACUAGCUGCCCGGGGAGCUCUGCGGGAGGCAACCUCCCACGGCAAGGACAGACCGGGAUUAGGAGGCCAAGGAGCGAGGAGGAGAAGCCUAGAACACAGGGUGUCGGGGCCGGAGGAGGGGAAGCCUAGAACACAGGGUGUUGGGGCCGGAGGAAGGGAGCCUAGAACACAGGGUGUCGGGGUUGGAGGAGGGGAAGCCUGGAACACAGGGUGUCGGGGCCGGAGGAGAGGAAGCCUGGAACACAGGGUGUCGGGGCCGCAGGAGGGGAAGCCUGGAACACAGGGUGUCGGGGCCGGAGGAGGGGAAGCCUGGAACACAGGGUGUCGGGGCCGGAGGAGGGGAAGCCUAGAACACAGGGUGUCGGAGUUGGAGGAGGGGAAGCCUGGAACACGGGGUGUCGGGGCCGGAGGAGGGGAAGCCUGGAACACAGGGUGUCGGGGCCGCAGGAGGGGAAGCCUGGAACACAGGGUGUCGGGGCCGAGGAGGGGAAGCCUGGAACAUAAGGGUGUCGGGGCCGGAGGAGGGGAAGCCUGGAACACAGGGUGUCGGGGCCGCAGGAGGGGAAGCCUGGAACACGGGGUGUCGGGGCCGCAGGAGGGGAAGCCUGGAACACGGGGUGUCGGGGCCGGAGGAGGGGAAGCCUGGAACACAGGGUGUCGGGGCCGGAGGAGGGGAAGCCUGGAACAUAAGGGUGUCGGGGCCGGAGGAGGGGAAGCCUGGAACACAGGGUGUCGGGGCCGGAGGAGGGGAAGCCUGGAACACAGGGUGUCGGGGCCGCAGGAGGGGAAGCCUGGAACACAGGGUGUCGGGGCCGGAGGAGGGGAAGCCUGGAACACAGGGUGUCGGGGCCGGAGGAGGGGAAGCCUGGAACAUAAGGGUGUCGGGGCCGGAGGAGGGGAAGCCUGGAACACGGGGUGUCGGGGCCGAGGAGGGGAAGCCUGGAACAUAAGGGUGUCGGGGCCGGAGGAGGGGAAGCCUGGAACACAGGGUGUCGGGGCCGCAGGAGGGGAAGCCUGGAACACAGGGUGUCGGGGCCGCAGGAGGGGAAGCCUGGAACACAGGGUGUCGGGGCCGGAGGAGGGGAAGCCUGGAACACAGGGUGUCGGGGCCGGAGGAGGGGAAGCCUGGAACACAGGGUGUCGGGGCCGCAGGAGGGGAAGCCUAGAACACAGGGUGUCGGAGUUGGAGGAGGGGAAGCCUGGAACACGGGGUGUCGGGCUGCAGGAGGAGAAGCCUGGAACACAAGAUGUCAGGGCUGGGGACUACCUAAAAUGUCACCUAGAACACAGACUGUCAGGGCUGAAAAGGGACCUCAGAACAGGGAAUGUUAUGACAUGGAAUGUCAAGGUGGGGAAGGAACUUACGGAAGAACUAUUAAAAUGUUGCAGGUCCAGACGGCAUUUCAGAGCAUAUAAGGUCAAGGUUGAGGGACUUUAG